AUGCACACGAGGCAGGCCCCGUCGGCCUGGCACACCCGGCACCCGGGCUCGGCGCAGGCGGCGCACGGCGGCGACUGCGUGCAGGCCUGCGCCGCCAGGCAUGUGGCCGUGGCCGACCGGUGCCUGCCGUGCCAUGUCUCCUGCGCCGAGUGCGCCGGGGUCCGAUCGACCGAGUGCACCGCCUGCCCCGGGGGGCUGCUGCCGCUGCCGGCCGGGCAGCCGCCCAUGUGCUGUGUGCCGGCCUGCCCAGUGGGCUACCACACCUCGGCGGCCGGGUGCGCCCCCUGCGGAGCACACUGCGCCGGCUGCCCGGAGCAGGCGGGCACCUGCGCCCUGUGCGAGCGGGGCUGGCUGCUGGACGCACCAAGCUGCGUGACCGGCUGCCCGCCCUCCUCGGUAGCCCAGGGCGGGCUCCCGGCGUCCCCGCUGCUGGUGGGUGGCACCUGCGCCCGGCGCGUCGGGCCCGACCUCAACCAGUGCACUGCCUGCCCCGAUGGCAGGGUCCUGUCGGGUGGGGUCUGCCUGGGCGGCUGCCCGGCCGGGCUGUUUGCCCAGGAGGGCAUCUGCCAGGCCUGCCACGGCUCCUGCCAGACGUGUGACCGGGCGGACGCCUGCACCGGCUGCCCGGCGGAGACCCUGGCCCAGCCGGGCGGGCUGCGUCCCGGGACCUGCCCGGCCGGGUGGGCAGGCUGCGCCGCCGCCGGCCGCUGCGUCGCCUGCCCGGAGCACUGCGCCGCAUGCGCGGCCGGCGGCGACUGCGCGCCCGUAUGUACCGUCUGCGCGUACGGCCACCUCCUGUGGGAGGGGGCCUGCCACCUUUCCUGUCCCGCCGGGCGGCUCGCCGACCCGGCGAGCGGGGCCUGCAUGCCCUGCGAGGCCGACUGCCGGACCUGCUCCGGGCGCGGGGACACAUGCACAUCCUGCCACUCCGGGGUGCUGCCCAUUGAGGAGUCCACCUGCGCGGCCUCGGGCCCGAGCAUGGAGGACCUCCUUCGGGCGGUGGAGGCCGGCCGACGGCCAUCUCUGGCGGCGCCGCCCCCCGGGCCCGGGCCCCAGCUGCUGGCGGGCCUCUCCUGUCGGUGA